CUUUCAUUCCAAUUGCCACAGAGCAGCCCAUACUAAGAUGCCUGACGAACAGCAAUUGUAUAUCAUUCUUCCAAUUGUAAUAAUUGGAUUUGUACUUGCAAUGGUUAUGUGUGUUACUCUUAUUUACGCACGGACUCAUCGUCAACGAUACGUUGUAUAUACUGUUCCUGCCGAAGAAUACGAUUUUAAUGCUCGGUCAUCCUCAUCAGUACCCUUGACAACCAGCAAUGGUCGCCGAGGAAGAAGCUACAGUCAUCAUCAUAACCAUUACAGCCAAGUGUCAAUCCAGAAUAAUACUGAGGGUGAACCACUCGCUUUCGAAGAGCCGCGAUCAUUGAAUUUACCACCACCCGCUUACAACGAACAUCGAGGUGAUGUUAGGAUACCGGUUCCCCGCAAUUAG